AUGGCUCCUGUAGAGGUGCCUACCUCGGUUGCACCCGCUGUACCCACCCCUACCGUAUUUACGGUACCACCAGGGGUACCAUGGGCAUACCCGGCACCGGCUCCGGUCGAGCCUACCGUGUACCAGGCACCACUGCCCCCAGUACCUAUAGUGUACCUAGCACCUGCACCAGUGGUACCGGUUGCUCCAUUUUUGGUACCACCACCUACCGUACCUUCAGCUGCGACCACCCAUAUCGACCCUGCAGUACCACCAGUGGUACAUGCUCCAACUUAUGCAACAGCACCUGGAGUACCUCCCCCAGUCUAUCCAGCGGUACUACCUGUAGCACUAGCUCCAAUGGUUCUGUCAGUUCCUGCAACCGUCCCUACACACCUCAUGGAUAUUAUCGCGGCACGAGCUCGGAUCUCAGCAUUGGCAGAGUCGAUGAAGAAUCUGUUGAAGAACUUGAAGGCUGCUGACUACCAAAUCUGGAGAAGAAGAACUGCCGAAAGAGGGCUGCUGUGA